AUGGAGUACUGGAUAAGAUUAAACAAGACAGUGGAUGUUGCGAGUGAGUGUUUGAGGAGACAAGGUCGUAGUAUUGAGGACCCAGCCCAUGAGGUCACUAUGAUGUUUGUCAAACACUGCCCUGAUCAAUCUCUGUGCAAUGUGUUUAAGUACAAAUCAGCGGAUAAGUGGACUGCCGGUGAGAUCCAAGAGCGGCUGGAUGAGCAUCUCCAGGAGAGGAAGUCCCGUGCCAUCACAAUGAGGUCACAGAGGCCAGGCUCUGCUGUUUACCGGGCGCAGUCCCAAUGUGUGCCUAAUAUCGAUGCUUCUGGGGCAGAUGAGGUGCUGCCACAGAUGCAUUUUCCACCUCCUGUUGCGCCACCUAUGGCUUCUGCCUUUGAUGCGGACUGUAUGAAGAGAUUGGUGUGUGCUUUGGACAGGUUGGUUACUCAGCAGACACAGGUCCCUGUCAACUUCAGCCCUCCCACUGCCCUGCCCCAGCCCCCUAAAAGAGCAUGCAGAGUUUGUGGCACAAAUGAUCAUUCAACACUGUCCCACUGCAAAAGGGAGAACAGGUGCCUCAAAUGUUUGUCUCCUGGUCAUUGGAAGAAGGAUUGCCCUGUGCCUGGCAACCAGUAUCGUCCUCAUCCCUCCACUGCUCCCAGUCCACAGAACCAGACUUUAAACGGUUAG